AUGAGUUCGACCAAUUUUGCUGCUGCACAGGAGCGGGUCCUGGAACGCCGCCGCCUGCGCGAGGCCGAGGCGCGCGCCCGACGCGCAGAGCAACAGCGCGCUUCACCGAUCAACCCAGCCACUGUACAACGGUUACCGUAUCCGUUGAACCGAUUACCUGAUGCCGGAUGGUCGUUAUGGAAUACCGUCAAGGGCCGGGAGGGGACACGUCCUGCCUUCCGAGUCGGGCAGGUUGAUGCGGAGCUGUUGGAUGAGGAAUUGCUAGGCCUGUUGAAGGGCCAGGUGGGGGAUGCCCUCAAAUACUUCGGGCACCAACUCCGUGAAGACUGGUCUCACGAAAUUCAAUUUGUCCUCCGGGCGUUGCUGUUUAAGCUCUCAAUAUGGGACCAUAAUGCGUCAUACGGAGCUGCUUUGCAAGGCCUACAGUAUACAGACAGUCGAAGCAAGGGACCCGUGCAUUCGCCGCCAACUAAGGUUCAAAAGAGCUUAUAUGGGCUGCUGACUGUUGGUGGGCGCUAUGCCUGGGAUAAAUGGGAAAGCUGGCUGAUCGGACAAGAAGGCGGCUAUGAAGAGCCAUCACAGGACAUGCGGAUGCUCUCCCGUAUCACAGACUUUGUCUCUACCACACAUUCGAUCGCCGCAUUUGUUUCUUUCCUUGUAUUCCUUGUCAACGGCCACUACCGAACCCUGGUAGAUCGAAUCCUACGCAUCCGCCUCACGCCACCAUCUGCCCAAGCUAGUCGAGAGGUUUCCUUCGAGUACCUGAAUCGUCAACUUGUCUGGCACGCUUUUACCGAGUUCCUGCUCUUUUUACUCCCUCUCGUUGGAAUUGGCCGCUGGCGGCGCUGGAUAUCUCGUGCAUGGCGGAAAACUGUGACCACGCUCAAAGCCAGCGGGGAAGACGAGGAUCAAUCGGAAAAGCAAGGCGAACUCGCGCAUCUCCCAGAACGAACCUGUGCCAUUUGCUAUCGGGACCAAAACCCCGCUGUAACCACUGAGAGUGACGUUCUAGCGGCCUCGGCCUCGGCUGGUGGCAUUACCGGAUCUGCUCAGACCGACGUUACCAACCCUUACGAGACGAUUCCUUGCGGCUGUAUCUACUGCUUUGUCUGUAUUGUCCAGAAGAUCGAGGCGGAAGAAGGUCAAGGAUGGGUCUGUCUUCGCUGUGGCGAGAUUGUCAAGAAAUGCCAGCCGUGGAACGGCGAUGUUUUGCAAGAAGCUCGAUCUCUUCCUGGCACUGGGAAAAUCGUUGGAUUCGCUAUGGAUGAAGAGACAGAUCCGAAAGAGACAAUCCAAUCGAACGAAAAGAGCGGCAAGACAAGCCCACUUGAAGAACUUAGCUCUGACGAGGCAUUGCAACAUUCGAGCGAGUGGUCCACCGAGGACAACGAGCCUGCCGAGCACCAUACCAUUGCUGAUGACAAGCCUUCAUCAGAGCACAUUCAGUAG